GGAAGUCAAUAAUUUGGAGGCAUAAUAAUUUUGUUCAUAUUGAUCAAUGACACAACAGACAGACACAAAGUAUGAAAGAAAGUGAAAUUUGUGAGCCUUGAAGCCGCCGUGUCUUUGUUCCCCACUUCAAGACGUCGAAAGCUCAUCAAGUCCAAGUGAGUGAAGUAGAUACUAGCUCUAGCACGAGCAUUUCUAUCUCGAGCUCCCCACAUUAAUUGCUUUUUGUUUUCAAACAUCCCCGACCAUGAACGCGACAAGUGUGAAUAGCGCGGCGACCACUACCUCUACCGGCGAGCCUGCCGCCAAGCGAACCAAGACGGACCAGCCGACGCCGACAUUCCACAAUAAUGUGACGGCGGCGACGCACAAGAUGUCGGUCAGUGUCGCGGCGCCGGCGCAGCAUCUUCAUGCUAGUAGCAGCAACCAGCAGUACAACAUCAGCAACGCGCAGGCCCAACACAACAACACCUGGUAUAACCCCCCGCGAGCAAAUGCGAACUCUAAUGGGUGGAAUGUGUACCCGAAAAACAUGAAUAAAACAUUGGUGUUGAACAAUAACGUGAACAAAACCCUAGUGAACAAUAACAACAGCGACAGCAAACAACAGGAUAGAAAGAAGAAUACAACUAGUAGUAGUUCUAAUUUACUGGCGGCGCAUGCUGGAGCUGCACCUGCUUCGAGCAACACGAACACCACCAGUACAAUUGGACAGACGACCACUACACCAAGUUCAGCAACUUCUGCCCAACCAGCAAAAGCAUCGGCGAUCGGUAGCAACGCUCUGAAAAACAAUAUGAGCAAGCCUGGCUUAUCUGCACCGACGUCAUCAUCAACCCAUUCCGCAGCAGGAGCUCCACAAGGACAACACCAGCACAUCACAACUCCCGCAGCUGCCAUCCAGCAACAGAAUUUUUUAUCCAAGCCGAAAAAUUAUCAACAACAACAUGCGACCGCUGGUGCGCAAAAUAGAGGCACAACUACUGUGACAGUGAAGCCAGCAAAGAACGCAAGCCCCCCGGCGUCCUCGCUGGAAACAAGUAUCAAUCAUGACAAAGAUCUUGGUCUUGCCGCGCGUUCGAAGCUGAGCAAAUACACGCAGGAGGCGAUUUAUCACAUCUCCAACGCGGCGUUUGUGGGGAUCGAUUUCGAGUUCUCGGGGUUGUUCGUGAACCAAGGCAACAUGGCGAGAUUCAAGACAUUCGACAAAUACUGGGAAGAAGUUUCGGAAAACACUCAAAUCUUUGCUCCCAUAGAGCUCGGCUUGAGCUGUUACAUGGCCCAUGAAGAUAAAUACCACACUUACUCCUGGUAGGAAAUAAGUGUUGCUCGUGCUUCAAAAGAUAUACAUACACAUAGUACUUGGAAUUGGAUGCCUUUUAUGUACAUUUUUAGCAGGGCGAGGUAAAGGUAUGACCGGCGCUCAUCUUCUACGCCAGCCACGUUCCCGCUCGGCAUGAACUUGAACGAGAAUGAAAAAAAUUAAAGGCGAAACUACGCAUAAUGUGGUGAUAAAGAACGUCCUCCGAACUUCAAUUCUUUUUCAUUGAGUUUUGCUCUUAUCAAGCAAGCCCCUCCAUGAUCAAAUUCAUUUCAGGAAGAUGCAGCCGGACCGUAUUUUCUCUAUGUCGCGCGAGAGCAUGCAGUUUGUGCAGAACACUGCGAAUUUCGACUUCAAUGACUGGGUCAGGACGAAAAAUAUAGUGAAGCGCGCCGGGUGCUUCGAGGGCUACCGCAAGGCCGUCGAACUCGACCACGUCAUCCACGCACUGCUUUACCGUCCGGAAUACGAUCCGUACCUAGGAAAAACAACAGCCGGAUCUUCGAUGCAGAGUGGUCCUCCUGCUUCUGAGGCGACACUUGGACAACAGCACGAGAAAAGCAGUGUCGUCACCUCGGCAAGUGCAAGUGGGUCCUCCGUCGUGCCCGUUGCGAUUGCAGCCCCAGGCGCAGCUGCAGCGUUGACAACUACCGGAGACAAAGAGCAGGAAAGAAAAACGGAUCAUGUUGACGCGAAGAACAGUACAACUGCGGUAGAAAAAGUCAAUGUGAAGCCCCCUCCCUCGCGACUUGUGUUUCACCAUGGCAUUUUCGACAUUUGCCAUCUGUAUCACACGUUUUUCGGCGACUUGAGCAAGGUGGAAAACGCGACAGCCGGGUUUCUGAAGUCCUGGACCGGCUUGAUCGGUCAACGUAUUGUCGUUUACGACACCCGGCACGUGAUGCGGGCAGGUAUAAGUUUGUGGCCGAUUUGUGCUUCGACGAAUUUUUCCUUCGUUAUUUCGUCUAAAUCGCUUCCACGAUAUAUUUUUCGCAGGUAAGCUAAGCGUUUUCCGGUACGCAGACAAUACUUUAGCUUUGCAGGCUCUGUACGAUUUCUUCUGCCCGACCGGGCCCAAGUUCAAUGCCCAUUGUGCCGGAGAUGACGCCGAAAUGACCGCUCGCAUUUUCUUCCAAAUGGCCACGAGGUGGCAUGAGCACCAUGUUGCAAACGAGGCGGCAGGCGGUAGUUCUGCAAAUCAGACCGCUCAACAAGGUGGAGGGCAAGCACAGCAGAAGCUGCAGAAAAAGACCACCAAGAGCAAGAAGAAGGGAAGUAAGAAGAGUAAGACUAAGAGCAGCAAGAAAAGCAAAAGCAAAAAGGUUUCUUCCUCCACCGCGAAGGCAGAGCCGGCCGCGGCCACAGCUCCUUCAUCUACGAGUGAGUCAAAGUCCUCAGCGUCGUCUGCUGAUCCUCCUGUUGACGCCCCAGCUUCUGCAUCCCGGGAUAAUGAAAAGAUAAACUUCGAGAACAAACAAGCGAAUACCGGCGCGACCCCCGGUGAGUCGGUAGCAGCUGCACACCCUCAACCACAAGAAGGCUCAUCCGCGGCGAAGGAGACCGGCGCUGUUGCAGCACCCGUUGAAAAAGAAAACGAAGGUGAAGCAGAGGACGCUGAAGACACGACUUCGAGUAGCGAGGACACGGAUGAAUCCUCGAGCGACGACGAGUCUGAAGAGUUAGAAGAAACAGUUCCCUCCUGCGAGCAUCUGUGGGGUAACCUCUGGAAAUACGAGAACUGCAUCUCAGGGUUCGGCGCGGCGCCGCAAUGGUUUCGUGUGGCCCACGAGAAAAAACCGAUUGUGACGGCGAACAAAGCGACGUCCUCUGCGCAGCCAGCUGCUACAGCGUUCACCUGAGUAGAAGCUACGAGGUCGGGGAACGAUGUAAGUUGUGUUUCAACAUUAUCAUGUAAGUAGCUCCUCCAAAAGCCAUACAAUAUGCGCAGCAAGCUAGUAAAGUUCAAGUCUUUUGUGCAAUAUGAGCAUGAGCGAGAGCAGGAUUUCUUUUCACGGUAUAGAUGAUCUGCAUUGCCAUGCCAUAUGCUGUUUCACCUGAUGAAGCAUCGGAGUUUCUUGCGCAUGGUGCUGGUGACUGAACAUCGGUAAAGUCUGCAUGAUCAUGAGGUGGCGAGUUUACUAAAUUCGCAUCGACGAGGUGGCAGGAGGUCAGCCCAUCAUUAGCAAGCAGAGAACACGGAGAAAAGUGCGCAAGCACUUGCUCAAAAAAGAAAAGAAAAAAAGAAAAGAGAUGGUCGCGCGUACUUAUUGUCCGCGACGUCAUCCAAAAUGC